GCUGUGGGAUGCUGAGGAAGGCGAGCUUCGUCUCGAGGAAGCUCGUCUUCAAUCUCAAGAAGAAGGCGCCGGUGGCGAGGAUCUCCGUGAGCGACGCCCUAGAGCAGCUCGAUCAGCGGCGCCACGGCUACGUCGAGCUCUACGACGAGCUCCUCCAGCAAUGCGGGCGACUGGGUUCCCUGGCAGAAGGUAAGCUCGUCCAUCGCCAUCUCCUCCGCACCGGCCAUGGCCGGAACCAGUUCCUGGGCAAUCUCCUCAUCCAGAUGUAUGGAAAUUGUGGAGAAAUCCACCUCGCCAGGGCCGCGUUCCAGAAUUUCGCAAGCAUCAAGGCGGUGGCUUGCUACAACCAGAUGCUCAGCGCUUACGGGAAGAACGGGCUGUGGAACCGGGCACUGGAGUUGUAUCACAGGAUGUGCGAGGAAGGGCCGGAGCCGGACAAGAUCACGUACUUCAUCGUUCUGGGCUCUUGCUCGGCGGUGGGAAGUCUCCGUGAGGCUCGAGAGAUCCAUGCCAGCAUCAUCGAGGCACCACAGAUCAUCAGAGACAAUCUCUCUCUCCAGAACGCGCUGGUAAACAUGUAUGGAAAGUGUGGCAGCGUGGAAGAGGCACGAAAGGUUUUUGAUGGGAUCAAGAACAGGGACGCUGUCUCGUGGACUUCGAUGAUCUCUUCCUACGCCAACAAUGGGUUUUGCGACGAGGCACUGGAUCUCUACCAGCAGAUGGACGCCGAUGGAAUCCAGCCCGACUCGAUAACUUUCACCAGCGCUCUUCUGGCUUGCACGAAACUGGUCGACGGGAAAGCGAUCCAUGCAAGGAUCGUGAGCAGCAACAUGGAGUCGGACUUUGUGGGAAGCGCUCUGAUCAACAUGUACGCGAGGUGUGGAGACGUGAGCUCCGCGAGGCAAGCUUUCGAGAAGAUCCAGAACAAACACGUCGUUUGCUGGACUUCGCUCAUGACGGCUUACGUCCAGACGUGUCACUACAGAGAAGCGCUGGAUCUCUACGGUAGAAUGGACCACGAAGGCGUCCAUGCCGACGGUGUGACUUACGUGACUGCUCUCGGGGCAUGCGCGAGCUUGGGGGCUCUCAAGGAAGGCAAAGCAAUCCACUCGCGGGUGUUCGAGUGUGGAUUCCAGUCGCUUGUCGUCCACACCGCGCUUCUCACCAUGUACGCAAAGUGUGGAGAGCUGGACGCUGCGAGGGCGGUGUUUAACAGGGUCCGGCAGAAGAGAAACGUCUACUGCUGGACGGCGAUGAUAUCUGCUUAUGCCCAAGCCGGGCAUACCCAAGAAGCGUUGGAGCUCUACGACCAGAUGGUGGCCGAGGGGACCCGGCCGAACGAGUAUACUUUCUCAAACGUUCUAGCGGCGUGCUCCUCGUCGGGUGAUCUGGAAGCAGGGAUGAAAAUUCACGGACACGUCGAGAACAGCGAGCUGGCCUCGAAUGUGGCCGUCCAGAACGCGCUGGUGACGAUGUAUGCCAAGUGUGGGAGCUUGGAGCUCGCAAAAUCGGCUUUUGAGGCAUCGGGUCGCAAGGACUUGGUGUCCUGGAACGCGAUGAUCGGAGCUUAUGCUCAGCACGGACUCGGAAGGGAGGCCCUCGACUUAUACCAGACUAUGACGAGCCAGGGGGUGCUUCCGGACGAGGUGACCAUCGCCAGCAGUUUGAGUGCCUGUGCGAUAUCUGGCUCUCUCCAGCUAGGCCGGGAGAUCCACAGCCGGGUGCUCAAGAACCAGAGCUUCCGGUCGAGCUUGAUGGUCCAGACGGCGCUGGUUAACAUGUACGGGAGGUGUGGGAGGCUCGAGACGGCGAGAAGUAUGUUCGAGGACAUGGGACAGAGGGACGUUCUCUCGUGGACUGCAAUGACGUCCGCCUACGCUCAACAGGGCCAUGCUGAUCAAGUGCUCGACUUGUACCUGGAGAUGGUGCUCCACGGCAUCAGGCCCAACGAGAUCACCUUCACGAGCAUCUUGGUGGGCUGCAGCCACGCCGGUUUGCUCGCCAGAGGCGUGGAGUGCUUCCUGGAGAUGCAGAGCGAGCACGAAGUGGUUCCUAUCCGCGAGCAUUUCCUCUGCAUGGUGGAUCUUCUGGGACGAAGCGGGAGGCUGCGAGACGCGGAAGCGCUGGUAGAAUCCAUGCCGUAUCAGCCGGACUCGGUGGCCUGGCUGACGGUGCUUGGAUCGUGUAAGACACACUCGGAUGCUGAUACUGCGAAGCGAGCGGCGAGGAGGGUGAAAGAGCUGGAUCCGGAGAACACUUCGCUGUACUCGCUGCUGUCGAGUAUCUUCACGGCGGCUGGAUUGCCGCAGGAGGCGCUGGAGGUCCAGCUGAGCAUGAAGGAGAUGGGAUUGAAGAAGCCUCCCGGCCAGAGCUUGAUCGAGAAGUAAAACCGAGGACGAUGGCGAAGUAACUGGACCCAUGGAGAUCGAGGGAACUUUGAGAGGCUACGGCAUUGAGGAUAAUUUUCCAGAGAGCUUUUCACAGGUGAAUGGAAAGUUUUUCUUAGUUUUUUGGAAGUGAUCAAUUUCUUCCAGUUCUCGCCGAAGUUGAUCAACUAACUAUGGAUCACAAUCUUUCCAGGUGUUCUACUCGCAAUCGCUGGCUUUUGCUUUGCGGACCAUCCAUUUCAUGCUUUUGAAAUCGUUGCAAAGCUACUCGUAGCGAUGCGCUAACACCGGCUUGGAAAGGUACAAAGGAGUUGCCUUUAAGAGCGGGCUGGAACUGGUGAUAUGCCUUUCAGGAUCGAUGUGGAGUUCGAAUUUUCGGUUCUCUCUUCAUUGUAUACAAACAAACUCACCAAAGUCGCGAUUUUUGGUCAGACUUUUCUCCUUUGAUUCGAUGAUUCGAUUGAGUUGGCAAAUCACAGGUUUCCAUGAAAUUUCUUACUAGAACUUCUAUAGUUUUCUGAUGAUGGAUGGAAUUCUUCCGUUCCAUAGUAAUGAAUCACUUCCCACGUCGGUGAAGUAUUAAAGCC